GCACAGAAUAUCGGGUGAAUUAAUUCCGUUUUAUCAGUGUAUGAUAUGAACACUGCUCUCUGGGGUAAUAUCUUUCUAAACAAACAUCAAUCAGUAGUUCAACGGCAAACGUCAGUAAAUCUUCAACUUGAUUAGAAUUUCAAUCAGAGUGUAUCAAGUGUCAACAGUAAAGUCUCGGUGCGGUGUGUUACGAUAGCCGUUUUCAUUACAAAAAUGGAAUGUUGUUCCGGUGAAUUAAUCGCUGUUGUAACGCUGGCAGCAUUUUUCCUCUACGUGUCUCACACUGCUCGGUAUUAUGCGAAAUUUAUUACAUUUUUGAUUGCAUCAACAUUAUUUGCAACGCUACUACCUCCGUUGGGCUUACUGAAGUAUCCGGUUAAAGAUCAUCGGAUUGCAUUGCUACCAGCAUGGGCAUGUAAAUCAAUGCUAUCAUUGAUGGGCUUAACAUAUGAGGUUCGUGGUCAUGAUAAUAUCGAUCGGAAUAAAGGUGGCGUUGUACUUAUCAAUCAUCAGAGUGGAAUCGAUUUAGUUGUUCUGGCUUAUUUAUGGCCAAUACUUGGACGUGCAACUGUUGUCGCAAAGAAGGCGAUACUGUAUGCAUUCCCGUUCGGUACUGGAGCUUGGCUAUGGGGUACUCUAUUCAUUGAUCGCACCAAUCGAAAUGAUGCAUUGAAUCGACUGAACAAAGAAUGCGAUGCCAUCGAACAGCGAGCGAACAAAAUUUUAAUGUUUCCCGAAGGGACCCGAUCGCAAGAGGAAAAGCUACUGCCGUUUAAGAAAGGACCAUUCCAUCUAGCCAUACAGAGCCAAAGUAUGAUACAGCCAGUUGUUGUAUCGAAGUAUCACUUUCUCGAUUCGAAGAAUAAACAUUUCGAAAAGGGUCAUAAUAUCAUAUCAAUUCUGCCGGAAAUAUCGUGUAAGGGUCUGACGAAGGAUGAUCUACCACAACUGAUCGAAAAAACGCAAAACUUAAUGCAGGCACAUUACGAAGAGUUGAGCAAAGAAAGCCGACGUGUUAAUCCACACCUUACGUUCUAAAUUAGUUUGGCGGAGAGUUUGGUUUUUGUGUUAAAAGAUUUUUAUUUUUAUAAAAUUAUUUAUUUACUGA